AAAGGCGGUGGGUUUUCCAUCAAUGACGAUGUACCAUGUAUGCGAGCGGGGACGACAAGGCGAUGCAUAGAUGGCAUUCUUCCCAUAGUUUGCAUAGAAGAAAAUGAAGUACUGCCCACAGGAAUACGGGCAUGCUUAUAUUUCCUGGUGGUAUGCUCCAAGUGAGAAAACGGAAGGGGAGGUGUCCGAAUCAGCGGAACCGCCUGUGAACGCGUCGCUGUCAACUUGCAAGCCGUGGGGCUCCUCCACUUUUGCUCACGCUACUCUUGCCCCAAGUUCUAUUCGCUGGCCACGCUCGAUCUCCCCUCCUCCCUACCGAAUAUCUCUCAAACCUGUUAGCUGGAAGAACGAACGGAUGGCAACAAUACCCGCCCCAAUAGACUACUCGUCUUAUUCUCCCAAACCGCCACCACAACAUCAUUCCCGAAAACGGCCCCGUGACGACCCCGCGCACACCGAUAAUGACGACAACGACGACGACGACGUUAUUGGCACAUACCAGAAAUACCACCGCCUCGACCAAGAAGAAGAGCAGCCAGUCGAUCAGCUCACCACCCCAGCACCCCUCCGCUGCACGAUAACACCGUCCUGCGCCGCAAUAUCAUUCACUUCUGUUUCGGAGUACGAGGCGCAUCAUGAGAACAAUCAUGUCAAUGUGUGUGACACGUGUAGGAAAACCUUGCCGACGAGGAGGAUACUCGAGUUGCAUAUCAUGGAGGUACACGACUCCUACUUUGCAGUCCUCACCUCGCGCGGGCAAAAGAUGUACGCAUGCCUAGACCCGGCCUGCCCCAAAAUGUUCGCCAACCAGAACGCGCGGCGCCUGCAUCUGGUCGCGAAACAUGCAUAUGCGCCCGAUUACCAUUUCGAGGUUGUUGUGCAGGGGGGUGAAGGUGAGGUAGCGGGUGAGGAGGAUCGAAGGGACGGGGCCACAGGCGGAGACGAUCAAGAAGGCGGGAUGGACGUCGUGGAACCAGUCGCAACCGAGGCUAGCAAUCAGACUUCAUCCGGCAGCGGCGGUCCGAAUCGAAAGGAGAGGCGGGCAGCACGGCGGGCGCAGGGAGGUCAGAUGGAAGUUGACCGCGGUCAAGCAACCGAACCUCAUACCGCAUCAAGACCGCCGUCGAACUCCAUCCCAACCGCUACCGCGCAACGCACAUCGUCGACUCGAAAUCCAGCCAUCCAACAACACUCACCACAAAACAACUCUCACGCACACGCGGCCUCAACCCAACCCCUCUUCCACCCCAACGCCGCCCAUCCUCCAAUCACACCCAUCGCACGCCUCCCAACCAAGACCACCACCCUCUCGUUACCAGACGACACAGAACUAAACUCACUAACAGCCUCCCUAGCCCGCAUGCACGUCAACCUCCCGAAAACAGUCUCGUUUGGAUACAAUAAGGGACGCGCGCCGGCGUUUUGGAGGCCGCCUGCGCAACCGCACGAGGGCAACCCGGAUGGGAAGAAGGGCAAGAAGGGGAAAGGGAAAGGGAAGGGGGAGGAUGCAAAUAGGAGUGGUGAGGGUCGGAUGGACACGUCGGCGGGCGCAGGUGAGGGACUUCUGAAUGCUGAGCAAGGUGCCCCCCUUUCCUAUAUACCCCUCACCCAGCCCUUGUGACAAACACUCUCGAGGGCGAAGAUAGCGGGGGAGAGACCCAUUUUGAAGGGCUCUGUGCAUCCCCAUGCUGGUAUUCAUAUGUUAUCCUUUACCCCCUGCACGGCGUGUCUAUCCGCCCCUCGUACACAUACAUAAGUA